ACCACUGCAUAGAUAAUGCACUUACUUUUUACUGAGAUUAUAUUUCAUCCCAUAUCAUCUCAUUUCAUAUCAUUUGAUUUCAUCCCAGUUGAUUAAUGUCUCAAAUUAAUCAUCACCUUCAUUUCAUUUCACUCCAUAAUAUCAUUUUUAAUAAAAAUAUGAAUUUAAAUUAAAAUAAGACAUGACUUAAAGGUCUCAGUUACCAGGUCAUAAAAUCCCAUAAAAAAAAUGCACUUACUCUAAAAAAAGAAAUAUGAGUUUAGAGUGAUGAUUGCUAUUUUAUUUAUAUUAAUUAACCUAUCUCUGAAUAUAACAGCUUCAUUAAACGCUGUGGCUGUUAUUUCUUCUAAUUACUCUAACGAAACUGUUGAUGAUUACGAUAAAAUAUUAUGUCGUGGUUGCGGUAUUGAUCUCGCUUCAUCACAGAAUAUCAUUUCUAAGUUGAGCCCUUCUUCACAGCAGUCAUUUCUUGAUACGUUGUUUAAUACAGAAAAUGUCUUAAUUCAAAUACUCCUAAGUGAAUUCUUCUUUAAUUUUCCUGUUAUAACCACUACACAUUCAAGUUGUGUUGGCGUUGGGGAGUGGGAGGACAGUGAAAAUUGGUUUCCUGAUUAUCAGUGGAAGCCUUGUGUUUGUUCAGAAUGCGGAACCUACGUUGGUUGGGUUUUUAAGCCUAUUGAUUUAGACAUAAGUGAUACAGAUACAUUUUUUGUUCUUAUUCUGACGAACAUAAUCAGUGAAACUUUUCUUGAUUCCACAAUAAUAUAUCCUAAAUAAAUAAAUAAGCAAUGGCAUCCGAAACCUUAUCUGAAGCUGACAAAGAAUUUCUAGAAACAUGUGAAGAGGAGUUAAAAGAUAGAUAUACAGAAAAUGAUGAAGAAUUUAUGAAAGUAUUUAAUGCAGAGCCUUCCGUUCCUCCGAUCGUAGAUCCGUGGUGGGUACCCAAUUCCAGAAGGAACGAUCGCCGUCACAGCAGGCGUAGCCAUCCGUAUGAAAGACCUAGUAACAGGGGCGGAAGAUAUCAAAACAGAGAUGAUUCUGGACGUGGUUACAAUGAUUAUAGCAGAGAGCAAGGAGGGUACGGCAGUCAACGAAGAAGAUAUUAUUAGGAUGAAGCUAAAUCUGUAACAUAUACUUCUGUUUAUAAUGUGCCUUCUAAGAAGUAUGGUCACAAUAAUUUUACUUUUAAUGAUGUUAAAUAAAACACAACUUAUUUUUCAAAA